UAUUUCUCUUAAAGCCAACACUUUGUUAAGAAAAUACAAAAAAAAAAAAAUAUUCCAUUAAGAUACAACAAAAAUCGUUAAGAUGUGUUAAAUAAACACUUAUAUAAUAAGUAAGAUAUGUACCAAUUAAGUAAAAAAUUAGUAAGAUAAUUUUAUUGUAAUGGCAUAAUUGUAAUAAGAUAAUAAUGUAGAUAGUUGAUAUUUGUGUUAAAUGAUAGAGAGAGUAGUGUAAGAAAAGAGCCUCCUCAAAAUGAAAACAAAAAAAAAAAUGUUUUUACUUUUAGUGCUUUCAUUGUUUUCUUGGCAGGUAUAGUCUUGGGGAAAUAUAAAAUUAAUUAAUGAAUGCAUAAGAGAAGAAAUUAAUUAAUUUCAAAUUUAAAUUUAAAUUCAAAUUGAGUCUGGGAAUGAGAGAAGACAUUUUUAUGAUUAAAAUAGUAAAGAUAAUUGGGCCCACCACAUUUGGUCCAUGCAGCCGGCCACGAGACUAUAUAUAUAUAAUAUGAGUCGGCUCGGUCGAUCUAGAGGCGACCCCGCUGUUGCCGCCGCCAAAACCGUCGGAUUAUCUGCCUCAACUUUUGCCAUGCACCUCUAUCUUGAUCAGCUACUACACUUGUUAUAUAUCUUACUCAACGUCCCACACACUAUUACUAUUACGUGUGUAUUAAUUUCUAUCUAUAAGUAUAAAUUGGCAUCUAAUAAUUAAUAUUGGGAAGAGAUAUAUCGAUUGAGAUGAAGAUUUUAGUUUCUCAAUUAUCAAAGCCAGUAGUACUACUACUGCUACUACUAUUGCUACUAGUGAAUAACACUAUUAGUAGUAGUAGUAGUAAUGAUAUGAUGAUGAUGAAUAAACAGACUUAUAUAGUCCACAUGGACAAGACCAACAAGCCAGCAGUUUUCAACGAACACAUCAACUGGUUUCAAUCAUCUUUAAAAUCAGUAUCCAACAGUAACAUUCUCUACACCUACAGCCACGUCGUCCAUGGAUUCUCCACCAGACUCACUCAAAACCAAGCUGAGUUGCUUAGGAAACAGACAGGUGUGCGCUACGUCUUACCCGAAGUCACAUACAAGCUCCACACAACUAGGACUCCUAACUUCCUUGGCCUCUACAAUACGACGGCGUUUACUUCACAUAUUAACAAUAAGCUAGCGAGUGACGUUGUGAUUGGAGUUUUGGACACUGGUGUAUGGCCCGAGAGCCAAAGCUACAACGACAAAGGCCUUCCCCCAAUACCAGCAGCCUGGAAAGGCAGCUGCCAUGAUGAUGACGAUGAUCUAAACUUGUUCUUCAACAACAACUUCGGGUGUAACAGAAAGCUGAUUGGGGCAAGGUUCUUCAGUAAAGGCUACGAAGCAAGUGCCGGUCCAAUUAACCAAACACUGGAAUCCAAAUCACCCAGAGACAACGAAGGCCACGGGACUCACACCUCCGCCACUGCAGCCGGAUCCGCUGUCCUUGGGGCUAAUCUCAAGGGUUUCGCCUCGGGGACAGCGCGCGGGAUGGCUCCCACCGCAAGAAUAGCCUCUUACAAGGUUUGUUGGAUUUCUGGAUGUUUCGGUAGCGAUGUAAUAGCCGCAGUGGACAAGGCUAUCGAAGAUGGAGUCCAUAUUCUGUCCAUGUCUUUCGGGAGAACCCCAACUGAUUACUACGACGAUGCUUCAGCAAUAGCCACAUUCGCUGCCAUGCAACGCGGUAUCUUCGUAUCUGCAUCGGCCGGGAACAAGGGUCCCGAAACCAAGAGCGUCUCCAACAUUGCGCCGUGGAUCAUGACAGUCGGCGCGGGCACAAUAGACCGCGAUUUCACAGCCUACAUCAGACUCGGCAACGGAAGACAAUUCAAAGGCCUUUCCUCCUUCGCUCAACCCAAACAUUUGAACAAUAAUAAGUGGUUUCCAAUCGUAGAAGCCAAGAGAGUCAGUAGAUCUGUGUACGGUGGUUAUUGUUUAGCUGGCACACUUACUCCCCAUGAGGUGGCCGGGAAAAUAGUUAUUUGCUACGAAGGAAGAACCGCAAGAACCCAAAAAAGUUUGGCCCUAAAAGACGCUGGUGGUGCAGCAAUGGUUUACAUCUACAAAAAAUCUAAUUAUUUUGAUAAGAUAGUAGCGGAUGCCGAUUUCGUUCCUACAAUUUCUAUUGGGGUAGAAAAUAUAAACGAAAUCAAGAGAUAUCUCAAUUCAGUGGUUAAUCCUACUGCUACAAUGAUGAUAAAGGGAACAGAGAUUGGAUUUGGAGUUAAACCUUCACCAAUCGUCCCAGAUUUUAGCUCAAGAGGUCCAAAUCCUAUCACCCCCGAGAUUGUGAAGCCAGAUGUAAUAGCACCAGGAGUGAAUAUCCUAGCCGCGUGGAGCGGAACAAGUGGGCCAACCGAGUUGAGUAGUGACAAAAGAGUCGUUGACUUCAACAUCAUAUCAGGUACGUCCAUGGCUUGCCCACACGUCUCUGGAAUUGCGGCACUCAUCAAAUCCGUACAUCCAGAUUGGAGCCCAGCUGCUAUUAAGUCUGCUUUGAUGACUACCUCUUAUAGGACUGAUCGAAAGAACGGUAGACCCAUUCAAGACAUCACUACAGAGAACGAUGCCACGCCGUUUGAUUACGGAUCUGGACACGUGGAUCCCGUGGCUGCCGUCGAUCCAGGACUUGUUUACGACCUUACUCCUGAAGACUACGUGUGGUUUUUGUGUGUGUCGGACUACACGCAGAGACAGAUUAAGCUGGUUACUAAUAGAGAUAUUAACUGCGAGGAUUACUUAAGGGGAACAAAUGACCACCUUGGUCAGUUUAACUAUCCAUCUUUUGCAGUUCCUUUCGAUAUUAUUAAUGCAAAUACUAAUAUUAUUAAUGGUUCUACAAGUACCAUUAUUACGCACACAAGAAGUUUGACAAAUGUGGGAACCCCAGCAACAUAUAAAGUGAAAGUAUCGAAAGUUGAGUCAGUGAAAAUUGUGGUGAAUCCAAGUUCACUAACCUUCACACAUAAAAAACAGAAGCUGGCUUACACAGUGACGUUUACUAGUACUGUCGUGAGGAAGAGAACUUCCCAAUUUGGUCACCUGGAAUGGUCAGAUGGGAAACAUAUUGUUGGGAGUCCUAUUGCUUUUACUUGGUCAUGAUAUAUAUAUGUAUGCAUGUAUUUUACGUAACAUCAUUAAUUUUAAUUGCAGAUGUAUUUUAAUUAAUUAUAAUAAGAAAUGCAUUAAUUAUA